AUGCCGAGCGAAACCGAGAACCCGAAAGAAAGGACAGCAAAUGUGGGCAUCGAGGCUAAUAAUGCAGCCAAGACAUAUAUAAGUUUCUUGCAGGACGAGGUUCAGAGACUGAAAGAUGAAGAAGAUCGGGAUAGAUGGAUUGUUGAGCUGAUGGAACGAAAUGAAGUUCUGGAGAAGGAGAUACAACGAUUGAAGGAGCAGAUUAAGAAGUUGAGUGACGAAGAAGAACAGGAGACCGACAAGUAA